AUGGAUCGAUAUUUUCCCUUUUUUGCCUUCGAAAUUUUGAAAAGAGAGAGAAAGAGAGAGAAAGAGAGAGCAAGCGCCAAACAGUUCCCUCCAUUUCCCGACAGCCACUGGCGCGAUCGGAAGAGCAUCGCCCGUUUGAUUGCCAACUUUCCUAUUCCUUCUCCAAAUCCCCACCGCCGCCCGCGUCUGGUUCUGGAUUUCGAACCGCUCCCCAAAAAAUGGCGGACUACGUUUCCCUCUCCGCCUCCUCUCCUGUACAAGUACAACCCCCCAUUCACUUCUCUCGAUCGCCAAGGUCGGAGAAGGGCGAGCGAGGGAGUGCGAUCGUCCAUGGCAGGAAAGGAGAACUGCGCCCCUCGCCUUACUCGGGCUGCCGCCAAGAGAACCGCCCUCGCUCCUGCCUCGAAUCGCCCAGUCAAGAAGAAGAAGCGCGUCGCUCUGGGCGAGCUCACUCCUGCCUCCAAUGCCGUCACCGACCUCACAGCCGUUCUCUCCACUCCGCCCAUUUCCAAGCCCAUACCGAAGCCUGGGAAGAAGGAACAGAAGAAGACUACUCCUGGGCCUGAGGUCCAUGACCCUCAGCUUUGCGCCGAUUACGCUCCUGAUAUCUACCAGUAUCUCAGAUCUAAGGAGCUUGGGACGAAGAGGAUGCUCGUGGCGAACUACAUGGAGACGGUUCAAAAGGACGUCACGGCCAACAUGAGGGCGAUUUUGGUGGAUUGGCUCGUCGAAGUGGCAGAGGAAUACAAGCUGGUAUCCGAUACAAUUUACCUCGCCGUCUCGUACAUCGAUCGAUUCCUUUCCGUCAAUCCCACAAACCGGCACAGAUUGCAGCUCCUCGGCGUCUCCUCCAUGCUCAUCGCCUCGAAAUACGAAGAGAUAACUCCUCCCAAUGUGGAAGACUUCUGCUACAUCACCGAUAACACCUACACCAAGCAAGAGGUGGUCAGAAUGGAGAGCGAAGUCCUCAACUGCCUCAAGUUCGAGUUGGGUAGUUCUACCAUCAAAACCUUCUUGAGGCGCUUUGCCAAGGCUGGUGAAGAAGAUGACAAAGUGAGUGUUUACUCCUCCCUCCUGAAUUGGAUUUUCCCAAAAUGGCUUUGUUGCUUAUGUUCGUCCCACUUCUUGCAGUACCCGCCUCUCCAAUUAGAGUUCUUGUGCUGUUAUCUUGCUGAACUAAGCUUGCUGGAUUACUGCUGCCUUCACUUCUUGCCAUCUGUGGUUGCUGCUGCUGCUGUAUUCGUUUCCAGAUACACCAUCGAUCCCAAAAGCCAACCUUGGAACAAGAAAUUGAAAGAGUGCAGUGGAUAUAAAUUGGUCGAUCUCAAGGAUUGCAUCCAAGCCCUGCUUGAUCUGCAGUUGAGGUUGAGGAAGAAAGCACCCAACUUGGUGGCUAUCAGAGAUAAGUACCAACAUCACAGGUUCAAAUGCGUAUCUGCAUUGGCUCCUCCUCCUGAGAUACCUGCAAUCUAUUUUGAUGAGCCCAGGGAGUUGUAGCACGCCAUUGUCGGUUCCUACUUCCUUGUUAUUGGUCGAGCUGCAACACUUGGAGCUCUACAAAUUUUGCUAAUGUAUUGAUUGUGGCCUUUCUGGAUUGUCACCAACAACUAAUCUUGAGAAGAGAUCACAUAACUGUAGCUUUGUUUUUUAAACUUUAAGAGAUGCUUUUGUAUGGAUAACAGAGGUCGCACUUGAUCUCAGCGUUUAACAGAUGAA